UCAUUUUUUCGAGCCUCUUCGGAAGCCAAGAAAACCAUCCCAAUAAGCAUCACGUUCGAUAGAUGACAACAUUCAAUCUCCAAAUUGCUACCCUCUGUAUUAACUAAACGACCGCUUAUCCAGAUUUCGAGUGUCAGAACGACGAUGAGAGGAGAAAAUGUCAGUCCUCGCAGCAUUGCACAAGUGGACGAUGACUUGGGCCCUGAGGGAUGCUAUUUGGUUUACGAGCCAGAUUCGGGUGGCAGAUUGAUGAUUGUGUAUAGCCAUGGCUACGUCCCCAUGAAUGCCGUUGGCUUCUGGUGUGCCGGAGAAGGCAAGGGCAUUCAGGGCUUCAAGUUCAAGCAAGCAGGAGGUCGAAGUGAACUGAUCAAGGGCAUUGCCGGUGGUGACUCGAACCGUCGCAAGUACUUUGUGGGGUGGUGUCAGUUCAUCAAGAUGGCCAAGGCCAUGAAUGGACGUGUCAUCAAAUUUCCCAAUGCGAUUCAAGGAGUUGAGGUGGACAUUUAUGGAUACCGACAAUGUGACUCUCAGCCGGACUUUUUGUGUCUGGAUGACUCCUUGGUUGACAUCAAUCACUACGAUGCCAUUGCCGUGAUACCGCGGCACAAGGAGUUCUUGAAGGGAGUCAAAUCCAUUGUAGCAAGCAAUUUCUUGGAAAUGGGCAAUAUAGCGGGAGCCUCUUCUACCAUGGUGUAAACACAAACAAACGGAAUCGAACAAGGGAGACGCGACAAAGGCUGGGCAAUGGGUCUUCUCUCCCUCUAAAAACAUCAACAACAACGCAAGGCACAAAAAGUGCUUUUACGGUUGAACUUUUUCAUGCAUAGUUCAUGGACAGGGCCCUUUGGAGAAGAAGAAUUAAUGAGAUAUCCAUCUGCAUGGUACAUAGAAUGCAUCGUCCAAAAAUAUAGUAGUAGUUAAAUGCAAGUUCUACAGCAUCCUUUGACUUU